CUGCCCCGACUCCUAUUGGCCAGGACGAUUCCCAGGAAUGCGAGCGCCCCUUUAAAUGGUCCAGGGCUCCUCUGCCGAGCCAGCCACUGCCCGGACUCAGCCAGCCUCAUCGGACUCCUGCAGGCAAUCCCGACGGUCCCGCCACCGACUCUCCGGGCGCACCGGCCGCCCCAGCGUCUCCACCAGACUCGGCGUCCUUGUCCUCCGUCCUUGUCCUCUGCUGCACCUUUGCCGCCACUCCCGGCUGCUGCGCCCCGGUGCACACAGGCUCUGUGCUGGGCACAAAGGCUCUACCAUGGAGCUGGUCUGGGGACUAGGCGUCCUGUUCCUGUUGCGUAUGUGUGGCAGCAAUCGCAUUCCAGAGUCUGGGGGAGACAACAGUGUGUUUGACAUCUUUGAACUCAUUGGAGCUGCCCGCAAGGGCUCCGGCCGCCGACUGGUGAAGGGCCUUGACCAGUCCAGCCCUGCUUUCCGGAUUGAAAAUGCCAACCUGAUUCCCCCUGUGCCUGAUGACAAGUUCCAAGACCUACUGGAUGCUGUGGGGGCCGACAAAGGCUUCAUCUUCCUGGCUUCCUUGAGGCAGAUGAAGAAGACUCGUGGCACACUCCUGGCCGUGGAACGGAAAGAUCAUACUGGCCAGAUCUUCAGUGUGGUCUCCAACGGCAAAGCAGGCACCCUGGACCUGAGUCUGAGCCUGCCGGGGAAGCAACAAGUGGUGUCCGUGGAGGAAGCUCUCCUGGCCACUGGCCAGUGGAAGACCAUCACUCUGUUUGUGCAAGAAGACAGAGCCCAACUCUACAUUGACUGUGAGAAGAUGGAGAGCGCUGAGCUGGACGUUCCCAUCCAGAGCAUCUUUACCAGGGAUUUGGCCAGUGUCGCCAGGCUCCGCAUCGCAAAGGGAGAUGUCAAUGACAAUUUUCAGGGGGUGCUGCAGAAUGUGAGGUUUGUCUUUGGAACCACCCCAGAAGACAUUCUCAGGAACAAAGGCUGCUCCAGCUCUGCUACCAACGUCCUUCUCACCCUUGACAACAACGUGGUGAAUGGUUCCAGUCCUGCUAUCCGCACCAACUACAUCGGCCACAAAACAAAGGACCUGCAAGCCAUCUGUGGCCUCUCCUGUGACGAACUAUCCAGCAUGGUCCUAGAACUCAGGGGCCUGCGCACCAUCGUGACCACACUACAGGACAGCAUCCGAAAAGUGACCGAAGAGAAUAGAGAACUGGCCAGUGAGCUGAGGCGGCCUCCCCUCUGCUUCCACAAUGGAGUCCAGUACAAGAACAAUGAGGAAUGGACUGUAGAUAGUUGCACUGAGUGUCACUGUCAGAACUCAGUCACCAUCUGCAAAAAGGUGUCCUGCCCCAUCAUGCCCUGCUCCAAUGCCACAGUUCCUGAUGGAGAAUGCUGCCCACGGUGUUGGCCCAGCGACUCUGCUGAUGACGGCUGGUCCCCCUGGUCUGAGUGGACUUCCUGCUCGGCAACGUGUGGCAAUGGAAUUCAGCAACGUGGUCGCUCCUGUGACAGCCUCAACAACAGAUGUGAGGGCUCUUCAGUACAGACGAGGACCUGCCACAUUCAGGAGUGUGACAAGAGAUUUAAGCAGGAUGGUGGCUGGAGUCACUGGUCCCCAUGGUCGUCUUGUUCCGUGACCUGUGGUGAUGGUGUUAUCACAAGGAUCCGGCUCUGCAACUCUCCCAGCCCCCAGAUGAACGGGAAGCCCUGUGAGGGUGAAGCUCGGGAGACCAAAGCCUGCAAGAAAGAUGCCUGCCCAAUCAAUGGAGGCUGGGGUCCCUGGUCACUGUGGGACAUCUGCUCUGUCACCUGUGGCGGAGGCGUGCAGAGACGCAGCCGGCUCUGUAACAACCCCACACCCCAGUUCGGGGGCAAAGACUGUGUUGGUGAUGUGACUGAAAAUCAAGUUUGCAACAAGCAAGACUGUCCAAUUGAUGGAUGCCUGUCCAACCCCUGCUUUGCUGGUGCCAAGUGUACCAGCUAUCCUGAUGGUAGCUGGAAAUGUGGUGCCUGUCCUCCUGGCUACAGUGGAAAUGGCAUCCAGUGCAAGGAUGUUGACGAGUGCAAAGAAGUGCCCGACGCCUGCUUCAAUCACAAUGGAGAACACCGGUGUGAGAACACAGACCCUGGCUACAACUGCCUGCCCUGCCCACCACGAUUCACUGGCUCACAGCCCUUUGGCCGAGGUGUCGAACAUGCCAUGGCCAACAAACAGGUGUGCAAGCCACGAAACCCCUGCACGGAUGGGACGCACGACUGCAACAAGAAUGCCAAGUGCAACUACCUGGGCCACUACAGCGACCCCAUGUACCGCUGUGAGUGCAAGCCUGGCUACGCAGGCAACGGCAUCAUCUGUGGAGAGGACACAGACCUCGACGGCUGGCCUAACGAGAACCUGGUGUGUGUGGCCAACGCAACCUACCACUGCAAAAAGGACAACUGCCCCAACCUUCCCAACUCGGGGCAGGAAGACUAUGACAGAGAUGGGAUCGGCGAUGCCUGUGAUGACGAUGACGACAACGACAAGAUCCCGGAUGACAGGGACAACUGCCCAUUCCAUUACAACCCGGCCCAGUAUGACUACGACAGAGAUGACGUGGGAGACCGCUGUGACAACUGCCCUUACAACCACAACCCUGACCAGGCAGACACAGACAACAACGGAGAGGGAGAUGCCUGUGCUGUGGACAUCGACGGAGAUGGAAUCCUCAAUGAGCGAGACAACUGCCAGUAUGUUUACAAUGUGGACCAGAGGGACACUGACAUGGAUGGGGUUGGAGAUCAGUGUGACAACUGCCCCCUGGAACACAAUCCAGACCAGCUGGACUCUGACUCCGACCGCAUAGGGGACACCUGUGACAACAAUCAGGACAUCGAUGAGGAUGGCCAUCAGAACAAUAUGGACAACUGUCCCUACGUGCCUAACGCCAACCAGGCCGACCAUGAUAAAGACGGCAAAGGGGACGCCUGCGACCAUGAUGACGACAAUGACGGCAUUCCAGAUGACAGGGACAAUUGCAGACUGGUGCCCAACCCCGACCAGAAGGACUCUGAUGGUGAUGGCCGAGGAGAUGCCUGCAAAGACGACUUUGAUCAUGACAACGUGCCAGACAUUGAUGACAUCUGUCCUGAGAAUGUUGACAUCAGUGAAACCGAUUUCCGCCGGUUCCAGAUGAUUCCUCUAGAUCCCAAAGGGACCUCCCAAAAUGACCCUAACUGGGUUGUACGCCAUCAGGGCAAAGAACUCGUCCAGACUGUAAACUGUGAUCCUGGUCUUGCUGUAGGCUAUGACGAGUUUAAUGCCGUGGACUUCAGUGGUACCUUCUUCAUUAACACCGAGAGGGACGACGACUAUGCCGGCUUUGUGUUCGGCUACCAGUCCAGCAGCCGCUUCUACGUUGUGAUGUGGAAACAAGUCACUCAAUCCUACUGGGACACCAACCCCACCAGGGCUCAGGGAUAUUCGGGCCUGUCUGUAAAGGUUGUGAAUUCCACCACAGGACCUGGCGAGCACCUGCGCAAUGCUCUGUGGCACACAGGAAACACCCCUGGCCAGGUGCGCACCCUGUGGCAUGACCCCCGUCACAUAGGCUGGAAGGAUUUCACUGCUUACAGAUGGCGUCUCAGCCACAGGCCAAAGACAGGUUACAUCAGAGUGGUGAUGUAUGAAGGAAAGAAAAUCAUGGCCGACUCAGGACCCAUCUAUGAUAAAACCUACGCUGGUGGUAGACUAGGUCUAUUUGUCUUCUCUCAAGAAAUGGUCUUCUUCUCAGACAUGAAAUACGAAUGUCGAGAUUCCUAAUCAUUAGCUGUCCAUCACAACCAGCGCGGGCACUGCACCUUCCGGAACCAAGGGCUAGAGAAAACCCCCCUGCCAGGAUCACUUCUCCUUGCCUACCUUGCUUCUCUUCUUGCAUAGUGCAGACUUCUAGAGCACGUGACCUGCCUCAAGAAAAUGCAGUCUUCAAACCCAGACUCAGCACUCUCGGCCUUUAAUGAAUGAGAACGCAUCUUCCAAGAACGUGAAGAAUUACUUUGGUUUGCUUUUGUGAAAGCAAAAGUGUCUAUUUACUUCCCGCUGUGAAGGUGCCCGCUCCACUCUGCCUUACUCACAGAGCCCAGGGUUUCUGUGAGGCCAUCUCUGCGCAGCACACUCAGAAGCAUUUUCAGGCAUGUCAGAGAAAGAAGGACUCACUAGAACUCGGCACCAAACCCCCCCUGACGUAGGUCCUCAGGAGUGGGGAAGCAGGAGCACUAGGGAGGAUGCAUACCCAAGAGAUAAUUGUGUGAAGAAAAUAUGGAGGAGCUGUUACUUGUUCGGUACUAAAUCAUUUUCAGAGGACAGAAAGACUUGUUGCAUUUCCUCAUGCUGGCUCGUGUGAGCUAACCCAGCCAUCGAUGAAAGCCUGGCUUCUGGACUUCCUCCCUUUGGGCGCUUCUCAUGCGUCACCUGCAGUGGCCAGGGUAAGGGUCAGAAGUGUAAGGCAGUGCUGGCUGCCGUUGGCUGGUAACGCUGGAACUGUUGGUUUAUUCUGCACCUACAAUGUGCAGAUUUAGCAGGAGCACAGGAGACCAUCUCAGUGAGCUCUAGCUGCCUCUGCAGGGGGGGCAGCACGCCUUUAUUUUAUGGUUAGAAAGGCACAAAAUUUCUAUCGACCUAACUAAAACAUUCCUUUUCCUUUUUUCUUUUUUUUCCCCUCAGUUACCAUGGAGUUUUCCAAUUCUCUUCUGGUUUUUGUGUAACAAACGCUUUAGCAAUGUAAUAUAUUUAUAUUUUUUUUUCUCCCUAUUCUGGAGGACCCGUCUGAAGGAUUGUUACUGAAACAGGAAGUGUGGGGCUAUCUCAAUCAUCCUCAUAGUGAGUCUUUAUGACUGUAAGACUGUAAAUACCGAUUAUUUAUUAACCCUGUUCUACCUGGAAUUAGAUUGCAUAUGGCAAAUGUUUGCGAGUAGGUAACUGAGCAGCUCAGCAAACCUCUCCAAAGCCAGUGUGCGGAAAGCCAGCAGAAGCCGCCACUUUUCACUUUGGGGCUUAGAGUGAAUGACUUGGACUCCUUGGGCUUUUCUCCCUUCGUUUCCUCUGUCUUUUCAAGUGGAAUUAGGUGGCUGCCCGUUUGCACGUGUUUCUCCUUGUAAAGGAAGCCAUGAACACUCUAAGGCUGGUCCACGCCACCCCUUGUGCCUGUUUCCAGGGAGAAGAAAACAUAAUCACCUUUCUCUUUUCUUUUUUCUUUUUUUUUUCAUUUUCCCAAAUGAGACAAAGGUGGAACUUAUAUACAAAUAUUACCUCAUUUGUUGUGUGACUGAGUAAAGAAUUUUGGAUCAAGUAGAAAGAGUUUAAGUGUCAAUAAACUUAAAACUACUGUCGUGUCUAAGUCGGUGUUGUACAUAGCAUAAAAAUCCUUUGCAGAAGAUGAUCCCAAUAAAGAAAUAGCUUUGAAAUGUUAAAUACAACUUCUUAAAGUUCUGGUUUUGGUCUAUCAUCUUGUAUACCAUUGGUUUAUUUUUUUAAAUUAUUUUUUUCGCAUUGCCAUUGGAAUAGAGAUCUCAGACUAUGUAGAUACGCUAUUUAAAUAAUUUAUCAGGAAAUACUGUCUGUAGAGUUAGUAUUUCUAUUUUUAUAUGUUUGCACACUGAAUUGAAGAAAUGUUGGUUUUUCUUGUUUUGUUUUAGUUUGUUUCUUCGUUUUUGUUUUGGCUUUUUACUUCCCAGUUUUUACUAUUUGCAAUACCCUUUUUUUCUAGGAACAUGCUUUUUUGUACACAUUUUUAUCCAUUUUACAUUCUAAAGCAGUGUAACUUGUAUAUUACUGUUUCUUAUGUACAAGGAACAACAAUAAAUCAUAUGGAAAUUUAUAUUUA